AUGGGAAAUAAAUCAGCAAAAGUUGAAAGAUAAGAUUCUUCGGAAUUACUCUUAAGUAUAUUUUCUAAUCAAAUCAGGCCAACAUACGAAUACUAUUGACUCAUCAUAGGUUGAAAAUUCUAAAAUAUUUGUAUAAGAAAAUAAGUUAUCCUAUUGUUUUGCUUGUUGCAACUGCUUUGGUCUAAUUAAAACUUAAGUAGUAGAGAUUUAAUUAUCUUGGAUUGAUUAUACCUUAAGAAAAUUAAACAGAGGUUAAUAUAGACACUUUUAAUGGUCAGAUCUAAUGAAGUUAAGAUUGCAAAAUUUAGAUAUUAAGAAUUUCGAAGAAUUACAAGCAAUCUAUCUAAAUUAAAUAAGAAUGAUUAUAAGUAGUUACGAAACAAAUUCUUCAUUUUAUAAAAAUAAAAUUGCGGAACAAAACGAAUAAUCCAAAUAUAAUAUAUUUGAAUACUAUGAAGAAGAGGCCAAUACUAUCUUUGAGGAUAGAAAGAAAUCAGGUAUGAAUGAGAAACAAUUCUUCAGAGAAGUAAUGGGAAUAAUUUACUAAUAAAUUAAAAUUGCAGAUCAUCCAUGUGGAUUAAUCUUAUAAACAUUUCAAAUUUAUAUUGUAAAUUAUACUGGGCCUUAAGUUUGGUUUAGAGAUUCAUUUAGAAGAGAUAGAUAUAAGAAUCAAUUAAUUAAAAGCACAGAACUUUGUGAUGAAAUUAUUGAAUUUCUAAAAUUCUUUGUAAAUUGUAUAGAUAGUUACUAUAUGAUUGAUAAAUUUGUACAUUCAACUUAAUUAUUAAAUUGUUUUACUAGUACUAAUACUAUAGCAUUUGUGAUUAAUGUCCUAUUUUUAGAUAAAAGAAUUUAUGAAAAGAUUUUGAAGAGUUUCUCAGAACUUUAUGCUUAUGAGAAUUCUCAAUUUUAAUUUAAUUUGCGAAUGUUAAAGAAUAAUUAGAUUUCUGAUUUCGAUGUUUCUUUAUAAUUAUAGUUAAACUCUCAAAUAGAAAUUGCCUUACGACCCUAAUAAGUAGAUUUGAAAGGUAAUCCAUCAAUCUAAAUUUCUGAAUUUGAUGAUUUUAAUUAGCCUUAUCAAUCAGCAAUAAAUACAUUAAAAUAACUUGAAUUAUUGUAGUCACCUAUAAACUAAUUGAAAAUUAUAUCCAAAACCUUUUAAGAGAUUCAUAGUUGCAUAAAAGAUUAUUAUGAAAAACAUCCUGAACUUGAAGCUAUAAAGAGUUAUGGUACUGAUGACAUUGUUCCUAUAUUAACAUAUGUAAUUGUCAAAAGUAAUAUAUAAAAUUUUGGAAUCAUAUUAAAAGUAUUAUUAAUAUUUAAUAAGAUAAUUGAAGCUUUUACACCAAAACAAAUAAUGACAGGAAUACUAGGAUAUUAUUUAGUAACUAUUUAGGGUUGCUAUAUGAGAAUUUCAUAAUAUGAAAAAUUUGAAUAAGUGAGAAAAACAAUUAAAAAAACAAAAUCUGAAGUUGAAGCUGUGAAUUAUAAAUCAUCAAAGUAAAAAAUAAAAAGUUCUGAUUAAUUGAAUUUUUGA